UAAAAAAAGAGAGAGAAGGGACAAGUGAGAAAGAGAGAGAAAGUGAAUCUAGUUUGGACCCGGCGGUCGGUCGGCGCGUGAGCGGCCGUGCCGCUGCCGGUGUCCGUUUUCUUUUGUUCUGUCUCAUCUAGAAUCAUCAGUCCUCUGUAUCCUCUCCGCCCAAUCCGGUCUCCGCCUUGUCCGAGUUCUGGUGAGCCACUAACUGCGGUGGUCUUUCGUGGAGCAACGACGCGGUGGCGGGAUGAACGGCGGUGAAGAUGCUAGUAGUCGGGUUUCCUUUUCUGGGAGACGGAGGUUCCCACAGAUCCGUCGGCGCCAGCUUUUGUCUCCGGGUCGGGGAGUUUCUUCAACUUUGCCGUCGUCGGCCUAGCUCUCGGAAGACGAAGGCUUCCACAGUCUUGUCUUGCCGGAUUUGGUUCCCUAGGUUAUUAGGGCUUAGGUUAUCUUUCGUUUUCUAGUUUUAUUUUUGUGGUAUCGGUUUAGGUCUUGUCGGCGGAGAUCUCGUCGGAGGACGAUGAAGCUCGCCGUGUUAAAGGUGCGGUUACAUGCAAAGCUUUUUCUUGGUUGGUGGGCGGUGUUUGGUUGAUGGAUGAGAUCUCACUUCGGUGAUUGACUCUCUCCGAGUUAGAUCCACCGAGAUUUCAAAGGUGUUUGCGGAGUUCGAGUGGAGGUUCGGGAACGCCGGUGUGAUCCGAGUUACCGUGAUUGAAGUCUCCGAUGGUAGCAGGAAGCGGCGGAGACGAGUUGGCCUGGAGGUGGCGCGGCUCUGCUUCUUAGAUGCUAGGGUUUUCCUAUUUUGGGCUUCAGGCCCAUUUGGGUGAUUGUAAUGAGUUUGGGUCAUUUUGGACCUUUGUAACUUUUGGGUUUAAAGGCCCGUUUAAUAUAUAAAAUCUAGAUGGAAAAAAAAAAAAAAGGAGUUCGGCGACUACUCUACUUCCAUUAGCCCUAGGCCAAGCAAGGGAGGAGUGGCCCCAAGAACCGCUAAAAUUGAAAAAAAAAAGCGUUGCAAAAACUGAAACGACACUAGAGAGGGAAAAUCAAUCAAUUAAACCCGCGGGUUCUCACAGUCGGCGCGGGAAUAAAGGAAGGAAGACGGACGGAGACUGCGGAAUGGCGACUUCGGCAGCGAUGAAAAAACCAAAAGUCGAAGAAGAAGCAGAAGCAGAAGCAGCAAAUAGGCUGUCAGCUCAUCAAAUCCCGAAUGAUAAAGAAGGUCUUAUAGAUUUCAUGGACCAGCGUGCCAAGUCCAUCGAAGCCCUUAAACACCAGCUCUCAAACCUCGACAGGAAGCUUGCUGAAGAGAGAAAACUGAUGGCUGAUGCGGAGGCCAAGUUUUUACGAGUUGACCGAGUUGAAAGCGCCGCCUUUACCAAUGGAAAACCGAAGGUGCCUGCUGGUAAAACUGGAAGCUUACUUGGUAUAGCAGAGUUCUGGACCGAGGGAGAUAAGGUGAAGACUGCUAAUGGAACCUCUUCUCCUCAUCCCCGUAGCGAGAUGAAACCGUUGAAAAUGCCAUCCAUUAUUUUGCCGCCUUCUUUCAAGCGAAAAGCUUCUGCUCCUAUUAGACCAGACAACGCGAAUGAGACCUCACAACCUCAACCCGUGGAUACAAGUGAUUCCAACGUCCCAAAUGGGUCCGAAGCCAAGAGGUCUCGUACUGUUGUUCCUAAUGAAGUGGUUAGGGAAACCCAAGCACAUGUCCGAGAUAACCACAGUGAUAAGGAUUCUGCAAAGCCAAGAAUCAGAGUUUCCAAUAACGUUUCUGGACAAGCAGCGCAACAGGAAAAGUCCGAGUUCCAUGGACAUGAAGAGUUGAUAGCGCUUAUAGGUAGGAGCUCUUUGCGUGCCACAAUUGAAAGUCGUACCCUAGCUAUGCUACCAAGUGGCCACACCAAAAGAAUGAGAAGCCUUGCUCUUUCUCCUUCCAACCGUGAUCUUUUUGCUACAAGUGCAUUGGACGGUGUGGUUCAUUUUUGGAAGCUCCAGUCUGAUAGGUCCUCAGCUACUCUGUUUAAGACGGUUAACCGGGUGGAAGUAGAUCAGAAGAGAUGGGCAGAAGAUAUAGCUUGGCAUCCACACAAAAGUGCACUUUUCUCUGUCUAUACCGCAGAUGAAGGUCACGCUCAGAUAUCAGCCUUGUACCUGAACGAAUCUCGAGAGACUUGUGAGUCAAAGUUUCUGAAGGACAGACCUCAUAGCAAAGGUCUUAUCAACAGAAUCAUGUUUACGCCUUGGGAUGAUCCUUGUUUCCUCACAGGUGGGUGUGACCAUGCAGUAGUGUUAUGGCGUGAACAAUGCGAGAACAACGCAUGGAAGUCAAUGCUUCUGCAUAAGGACUUGCACACGUCAUCCGUGAUGGGACUUGCUGGAAUGCGCCAUAACAAUCUCGUCUUGUCAUGUGGAGACGACAGGAGAUUUAUUGGGUUUGAUGCACGAGAAGAAAAAGUCACAUUCAAGCAUAGACUAGACAACAAAUGCACAAACUUGCUGCCAAACCCGCGCGAUGUUAAUCUUGUCAUGCUUCAGACAAGGCAGCUAGACAGGCAACUUCGGUUGUACGAUGUAAGAUUGCCUCAGACGGAACUGUUUUCUUUUGGGUGGAAGCAAGAAAGCAGCGAGUCGCAGUCGGCUCUAAUCAACCAGUCUUGGUCCCCAGAUGGUUUGCACAUCUCAUCUGGCUCUUCAGACCCGGCGAUCCACAUCUUUGAUAUACGCUACAAUGCGGUGAGCCCGUCUCUGUCGAUCAAGGCUCAUAAGAAGAGAGUGUUCAAAGCUGAGUGGCACUCUUCUAAUCAGCUACUUGUCUCCAUCUCAUCAGAUUUAGAAAUCGGGAUUCACAAGCUAUGGUGAAAGCUGAUUAAAGACCUGAGUAUUGCAAUUUGCCACAUGAAAGAAGGUGGUGCUAUGGAUAGGAAAGUUCGGCUUCAUCACAUCACAUCACAUCACCCACGCUGGAUACAAAAAUUAUAGUGGGAGUUGGGUAGUUUCAAUCCAGGGUCUGAAAAGACACUGGCACGUUCAAACAUUUUUGGUACACGUGAUGUAUUAGAUUUCAUUCGUAAUUUUUUGAAAAAUUGUAACUCAUUACAACAAGUUAGGAGCUAUUCUUAUAUUCUGACAGCUUGGCUU